AUGGGGGUGUAUGAGACAAAGUGGGUGAAGAAGUUGUUUUACAAGAUUUCUAUUGCGGUUGUGUCAACUGGUGUGAAGUAUGAAAUAUUUGCUGAUCCUUCAUCUGUUGCAGUUGGGAUAGCUAGGUCACCCCGUAUGAUACCGGAUAUUGCAGGUGAGGGUGAAUCGAAUUGGGUUAAAAAUGCAAUGCGAGAGGAUGAUUCGGACAAAAAACCUGCUCACAUCAUGGGAGAUAGUGAUGAGGAUAUCCUGAGGAACCCACCUACACAUCAGGGGCCAUCAAGUUUUGGGACACAGCAACAUCCUCCAUAUUUCUCAACGCUGAACUUGGAAGCCAUCGGCCAGCAACUGGACAUAGAUCCUACCUUUGGGGGUCAAAGAUUGCAUGAGAGAAAUCCUGCUAUGAAAUUUCAGAUUGGCCAAUCUUUCCAAACUAAGGAGGAAUUUGUGUUGAGUGUAAAGGAUUAUAGCAUCUAUCGUGGAGUUAAGUGCAGGAUGAUAGAGUCAGAUCAUCUCAAAGCCGAUGCAGCGGUUACAAUAAAGGUAUUGCAGGAAGCUACUGAAACAACCUACGAAUUCAAGCCUAGUUACAGGAAGGUCUUGAUGUCCACUAUGGAGGGAAUCGUGGCGUUGUUGAAGACUUCUCUGGUGCGAGUCGAUGAUCAGGUUGAUGAAUCUACCUAUGGCGGUACUUUGCUUCUGGCUAUCGCGCAAGACGGAAACUCGAAUAUCUUACCCAUUGCUUUUGCACUUGUGAAAGGAUACGGAGUCAUGGGCUUUUUUCCUGACCAACCUGCGACAACAUGUGACUUCGCAAGAGGAUAUUCUGGGCACACGGAAUCUACCGGUCACUGCAUUGGUGAAGUCUACAUACAGGAGGCUUGUAGAGCUAUUUGUGAUUUGAGGACAGACGACAGAGGUGCAAUUGGGAACUGGGAACCAAUUUCGCCAGGCUCUGGUGACGACAAUAGAGCGCAACUUGAGAGAUUCGAGAUGCUUCACCGUCACUUUGUUUGA